CUCUGGAGCGGAGGAGCUUGGUCCACCUCUGCCAGGCAGCAGCUUCCUCACCCCGCAGCAAGGCCACUGCGGGAAGAUGGCGACUGAAAAAAACAAGCAUGAAGGAAGAGUGAAAAUCGGACACUACAUUCUCGGAGACACGCUCGGAGUGGGUACUUUUGGGAAAGUGAAAGUGGGCCAACAUGAGCUGACUAAGCACCAAGUUGCUGUGAAGAUCCUGAAUCGACAGAAGAUCCGGAGUUUGGACGUGGUGGGAAAGAUCCGCAGAGAGAUCCAGAACCUCAAGCUCUUCAGACACCCUCACAUAAUUAAACUGUAUCAGGUCAUCAGCACGCCGACAGAUAUCUUUAUGGUGAUGGAAUACGUCUCCGGCGGGGAGCUGUUCGACUACAUCUGCAAAAAUGGAAAGCUGGAUGAGAAAGAGAGUCGUCGACUGUUCCAGCAGAUCAUCUCAGCUGUUGAUUACUGCCACCGGCACAUGGUGGUGCAUCGAGACCUCAAACCAGAAAACGUGCUGCUUGACGCACACAUGAAUGCCAAGAUCGCAGACUUCGGUUUGUCAAACAUGAUGUCUGACGGAGAGUUCCUUCGAACAAGUUGCGGUUCUCCGAACUAUGCCGCUCCCGAGGUCAUCUCAGGAAGGUUGUAUGCAGGUCCAGAGGUGGACAUCUGGAGCAGUGGAGUCAUUCUUUACGCCUUGUUGUGCGGGACACUUCCGUUUGACGAUGACCAUGUGCCAACGCUCUUCAAGAAGAUCUGUGACGGCAUCUUUUUCACGCCGCAGUAUCUCAACCCUUCAGUUAUCAGCCUGCUCAAACACAUGCUGCAGGUGGACCCAAUGAAGAGAGCAACCAUCAAGGAGAUCAGAGAGGAUGACUGGUUCAAGCAGGACUUGCCCAAGUACCUGUUCCCCGAGGACCCGUCAUACAGCAACAACAUGAUUGAUGACGAGGCCUUGAAAGAGGUGUGUGAGAAAUUUGAGUGCACAGAGGAAGAGGUUCUCUCCUGCAUAUACAGUCGCAACCACCAGGAUCCACUAACGGUCGCCUACCACCUUAUCAUCGACAAUCGACGCAUCAUGAGCGAAGCCAAGGAUUUCUACCUGGCGUCCAGCCCCCCUGACUCUUUUCUAGACGACCAGCACUUGACCUCGGGGGCAUCAGUGGUCAAGCCUCACCCUGAGCGCGUUCCCUUUCUUGUGGCGGAGACUCCCCCGAGGCCUCGCCACACUCUGGAUGAGUUAAAUCCCCAAAAAUCCAAGCACCAAGGAGUCAGAAGGGCCAAAUGGCACCUGGGUAUCCGUAGCCAAAGCAGACCUAACGAUAUAAUGUCAGAGGUGUGUCGUGCCAUGAAGCAGCUGGAUUACGAGUGGAAGGUCGUAAAUCCUUACUAUUUACGUGUGAGAAGGAAGAACCCGAUCACCGGCAUGCAAACCAAGAUGAGCCUUCAACUGUACCAGGUGGACAGUAGAACCUACCUCCUCGACUUCAGAAGCAUUGACGAUGACAUGAUGGAAACCAAAUCUGGCACUGCUACUCCUCUUCGCUCCGGCUCGGUGGGCAACUACCGCACCACAAUUAAGAGUGACAGUGAUGGCGCAGAUGCUCCGUCGACAUCGGCCACCGCACACCCCCCGAAGGCAGCGGAAGGCUCAUUAGCUUCAUCUUUGACCUCAUCCAUCGACUCGACAGGCGGGGACAACUCGCUGGUACCUCGACCGGGAAGCCACACCAUCGAGUUCUUCGAGAUGUGCGCCAAUCUUAUUAAACUACUUGCACGAUAGCUCGCAAAAAACAAUCGCUAGCCUUGUUUCCUCUCCGAGUGUCUUUAUAGCAAUAAGCAUGCAAUCAACUCAUGGCUCAAUUCAUCCCAGCUGAGGAUGAAAUGGUUGUUCCAUGGCUCUGAUGCAGGUUCCCGAAGCCGAAAGGGAAUUAUACUGAGCUGGCAGGGAAUGUAGGAGGGAGAUCUGAUAGACGAAGCCACAAAAUGGCGAGUAGAGAUCUGGAGAGGGCUUAACUGUUUCCUGAUCAGUUUAAGACCAAACGUCCCGCUUCUAUACAAAAGUGACGACCAAAUCUCCAUAGUGCAGCCGAUCAACACCAGACUCCAGCGCAGAUCAAGUUUCAUGCCCUGCAGACAAGGCUGCCACACGUGGAGGGCUGAGGCAUUUGGGUGGUGACCUUGUAGGAAGCGGGAGGCAGUUUUGCACAAGUUUCUCUCAUGUCCUGCUGCUCUCGUGUGUCAGUGAUGUUUCAGGACGCUAUGUAGACUUCGACGAGGUUUGCCAUGUGCUUAUUGGGCUGUAAAGAAGUGCAAUGACCCUCCAUGUUCCUGUCUUGUCCAGACAAACGUGCGCGUCAUUAGAAUUUUUCCUCUGUUUGAGACAAAAAUCUACACAUUGUCCUUGAUGUAAUCUUUUUUGGAAAUUGUCUGUCCCCUACAUUUUUAUAUAAAGACAAAUAUAUUUAUCAGUGCAUUACUUGGAUGCGUGUUCUCUGGAUGUAUUGCUGAGAGGUCUGUUGUGUCCAUCUAGUUUUAAGAAUCCACAUCAUCUUUUGCUUUUCAUCAAUCAGACUCCUCCUGAUACUUGAUUUCUUCUCCACGUAACUGCUUUUUACAAUUUUAAAAUUCCUGAACUGUAUCAUACUUUGUGUCUCAAAGUGAGACCGUCACUUAUGUUGUAUUGCUAUAAGUUGUUUUAGGGUUAGGUUAACAAUUUGGAUAGAAUUGUUUAGUGAUGCGCCACUUGCCUGCGUUUGAUCCAACGAUACAUUUUUGAUUCCAUCAGCCCAAGAUAGUUGCGGUAACACACACACUCCGUUGGGAGAAACCUGUCAUAUGUUUGAUCAUGAUGUAGAAUAGAUGGCUCGAAAUCACUAUCUUAAUGGAUUAUAUUUCUGCUGAUAAAGCUAAUGAAUGUAAUCUUUUUUUUUUUUUUUUUUUUUUUCAGUGCAAGCUCACAUGGUGUUUGAUGUAAUCAAUCACAACAUGUAUUAUUCAUCCUUCUUGAUUUUUGUGUCCAAAGUCUUACAUGGUGUCUGUUGUUGGCUGCCUUAUCACAAAUAUCAGUACUGUUAAUCAGUCAAAAGUUGGUGCCGGUCAGAUUAGUCCAUCUCUUUCUGUAGAGGGUGAACAUUCUUGAAAAUUUUUGUUGAUGUUACUUCAUCGUGUUUUAAUAGUUUGGGAUUUCACUAUUAAUCUCCACCCUUUUAAGACUAUAUAAAUAAUAUGUGCUUUUUUUUUUUUCUUGCCGACAGCAAACUUCGGGAUUGGUUUAAAGGUUUCCAGCUCAACACAGCUUUAAAAAUGUAUCUUAUUUGUAUGUGCAAAACAUGAGAUUUCAUGACAAUUUCUGAUCGUCUGGUGUGGCAGGUUUGGAGUUACUUCUAGUUAUUCGUCCUAAUCUCAAAUUCAUGGACCACACAAAUCAGGCUGUUAACCUAAAAUAUGUGAGAUCCACGUUAUUGUUUUUGAAGGGCAGUUGCAAGUUUUUACUGCGAAACCGUUCGUGUUUACAUGACUUGUUUUGUGGAAAAGUUGAAUGUGUGGAAAACGUGACUUAUAGAGAAACGGACAGAUCUGUCUAAACUGUGUGGAAGAAUUAUUGUUCUAUUUUUAUUUGGUGUGUAAAGGGACCCUAAAUUGACCAGUGUAAAAUCUGAACGGACAGUGUUUAAAUCAUUUGUAUACACAACUGCCUAAUAAACUGCUGAAUUGCACUCAAAUUUUC